AUGGUCCACUCAGAGGAUGAAGUCAGUAGUUUUUGCUUCCUUUUCUGUUGUUGGAGAACAAUCUGCUGCAGUAGCUGUGAGCUAACCAACAUCAUCAUCACAGUGGAGAAAGAGGAAUGUGGUCUCUGCAAAAGCAUCAACACCACGUGGUGUGCAGGCUACUGCUACACCCAGGAUCCAGUGUACAAGGAUCCAGCCAAGUCCAACAUCCAGAAAACAUGUACCUUCAAGGAGCCGAUGUACGAGAUGGUCAAAGUGCCUGGCUGUGCUCACCAUGCAGACUCCCUGUAUACGUACCCAGUAGCCUCUGAAUGUCACUGUGGCAAAUGUUACAGCGACAGCACUGACUGCACCGUGCGAGGCCUGGGGCCCAGCCACUGCUCCUUCAGUGAAAUCAAAGAAUAA